GAGUUUUGUGAUAUGGUAACAUCGUAAAAUAAAGUAAAUAAAUAUGGCGUAAAACUUGCAUUGGGUGUGUGAAGUGAUUUCCCAUUAAUUGUUAUUAAUCAGUUAUGACAUCGCUGUAUUGAAAAAGUUCUGAAAAAAACUAAAGUAAUUAAAACAAAAUUAGUAUUAGAAACAGUGAUACGUAGUAAAAAAGUAGUGGUGCAUCACAUGACAGAUCAAUGACUCCCAGUGCCUGUGGUGGUUGACAGAAAUGAACUCUGGAGUUGAGUUGGGGCUUCGAUGCGCUGUGAUUUGUCGAACCUCUCGUUCAUCAACGAGUGUUAGAAAUUAAACGAGCAGCGGCAGUGUUAAAUGUGUAGUGUAGUGACAAUGGGGGCUUGGGCAGUGCACAAGUGUGUGACAGCAGUAUGAUGGAGACGGAGCUCCCGCCUGGCAGCUGCAACUCCACCGGCCACCUGUCCACAAUUGGAUGGAAUACACAAGGUCGCAUGCACCACUCGGCGAGUACGCCGGCGGGCGUGGACGGCGGCGCGCGCACGCCACCCGCCACGCCCAAGAAGGGCGGCAAGAUGCUGGCGGUGCGCGUGCAGAUGCUCGACGACUCCAUCUCCAUGUUCCAGAUACAGUCAAAGGCGCUCGGUCGCGUGUUAUUUGACCAAGUCUGUCGCCAGCUGCAUCUACUGGAAGCAGAUUACUUCGGACUCGAGUAUCAAGAUGCUAACGGAACUAAGUAUUGGUUGGACGUGGAGAAGCCGAUGUGCCGCCAAGUGGGGCUGUCGAUGUUGGAGCCGACCCUGCGCUUCUGCGUCAAGUUCUACACGCCGGACCCGGCGCGCCUGGAGGAGGAGUUCACGCGGUACCUCUUCUGUCUGCAAGUGAAGCGCGACCUGGCGCAGGGCUGCAUACAGUGCAACGAGAACACGGCCGCCCUCAUAGCCAGCUAUAUAGUGCAAGCGGAAUGCGGCGACUUCGUGCCGGAGGACUACCCGGACCACACGUAUCUGAGUGGGUACAAGUUCUUCCUCGGACAGGACAUGGAGUCCGAGCGGCGGAUCAUGGAGAACCAUAAGAAGCACAUCGGCCAAAGUCCCGCGGAGGCGGAUUUGAAUUUAUUAGAAACAGCAAGAAGAUGCGAGUUAUACGGUGUAAAAAUGCACGCGGCGAAGGACCACGAGGGCGUGCCACUCAACCUGGCCGUGGCUCACAUGGGCAUCGUGGUGUUCCAGCACUUCACCAAGAUCAACACCUUUAGCUGGGCCAAGAUCAGGAAGAUCUCCUUCAAGAGGAAACGCUUUCUCAUCAAACUGCAUUCGGAAGGAUAUGGUCACUUCCGCGACGUGGUAGAGUUCUUCUUCGAAGGUCGCAACGAGUGCAAGAACUUCUGGAAGAAGUGCGUUGAGAACCACGGCUUCUUCCGCUGCACGAGCGUGCCGCGCCUGCCCAGACACAAGACCAGAGUCAUGUCGCGAGGCUCCUCCUUCAGAUAUAGCGGCAAAACUCAGAAACAGAUCGUCGAGUUCGUCAGAGAUAACUACGUGAAAAGGCAGACAUUCCAAAGGUCGGGCUCAUUCCGUGCGUCGCGCUCGGCGGGCUCGUCGCGCGGCAACGUGUCCGCGCCCGCGCUCAACGCCAGCGUGUCCGCGCACCCGCUGCUGCCGCUGCCGCCGGGCUCCGACGCGAUUUCCCUGGAGUGGGACAAACAACCUCACUACCUGGAGGCCUCUCUGAUGAUGAAGGGAUACUCGGCGGAGGAGGCGCGUGCGGCGGCGCGCCGCGCCAGCGCUCGCCCACCCCCACCAGCUACCGCCUACGCCUCCACGAGGGACAAGCUAACAAAACUAUACUGCAAUCAAAUCACGGGUCCCGAGGUGGUGACACAUGCGGAGGUCAAUCAUCAUCCUACGGAGGAUUCGCCUCUGCCUCCUCAGAUGACGACACCGUUGACAUCGCCGUGCUGGAUAGCUGCGGAGGACAGUGGGCGCGCGCGCGCUCCCACUCCGCCGCCUCGUGCGUCGCGUCCGCGUACGCCAGAGGAAACAUCGCCAGAAGACGAGCACACCGUGUCCUCCGCGAGUCUAUGCAUGUCUCCGAACGGAGACACCAGCACUGGCGCGCCGCUGUACGCGUCCACGCCGAUGGAGAAACGGAUACCGAAUGGCUACCACGACCGGAUAGAGCGCUUGGACAAUAGACGGGAUGAACAUAUUGAUACCGUCAACGGGAAUGUGCAUGUCAACAUCGUGGCUUCUACGAAUAAUAUGGACGUUUUGAGCGGCGGCGAAAGCGAUGCCGGUGACACUUUGACCAGGCGGAAUAACAACACCAUUAGCUCGAGCGUGGUGUGUGCGGGCGAAGGGGGCAGGCGGCGCGGUGACGUCACGUACUACGUCGCCAAGGAGCUGCUCAUGACCGAGCGCACCUACAAGCGCGACCUGGAGCUGAUCACUGUUACGUGGUCCAAGCGCGUGGGCACGAUAGGCCGCAGCGCGUCGAGCGGCGCGGAGGCGGCGGCACUAGCGCGGGCCUGUCUGGCCCUGGAGCCGCUCGCUCUGCCGGCGGGCGCGCUGCUCGCCAAGCUGGACCGCGCUCUGGCGGCCGCCUCGCCAACCAACAACCUGCCUGGCGAUACUGAAGAUGCAGAGGAACCCGAAUAUAAGAAAGUGGCGGAGUUACUCCACGAUUACUUAUCGAACACGUUCGAUGCGUACAACGAGUACAUUCAACAAGUGGGCACCAUGGUGGCGCUGGUGGAGAGCGCGCGGCGACGCGGCGGCGACGGCUCGCGCCAGGCGGCCGCCUUCGACCGCGCGGCGCCGCUGCCUCUGACGUGCUUGCUGCUGCGCCCGCUGCACCGGCUGCACCACUACCGGCGACUGGCGCACGAGUUGUGGUCGUCAACGGGCAGCAAAGCCGCUCGCAAAGCACACGAGCUGGCGCACGAGCUGUCGGAGACUGCGGACGAGCAGCUGCGGCACGUGGAGAACCACGCCACUCUGUGCCAGCUGCAGAGGGACGUUGUAGGUUACGAUAAACUUCUGGUGGUGGAUCGUGAGUUCGUGAGAUACGGCUGCGUUUACAAACACUCGUCGAAGGGCUUGCAACAGAGAAUGCUCAUUUUGUUCAGUGACAUGCUGCUGCUCACGUCCAAGUGUGUGAGCGGACAGUUCCGCGCGCACGCCGCGCUCGCGCUCGAGCGCCUCAGCGUGGAGCCAACGGACUUCCCCAACUCCUUUGUUGUUACUGGAGAAGAAACAAACAUAACCCUGAGCACGAGCAACGAGCAGGAGUACAGCGGAUGGCUGCAGUCGCUGUCGGGCGCAGUGGAGGCGGCGCGCGCUCGCCCCAACACCGUCGACACGCAGUUGACGCCGCAGUUGCAAGACUAUGAGGAUGCGGACAGCGGUGAGGCUGCGGUGGGCGCGGGCGGCUCGAGUGCUGGCAGCGCGCUGGCGCACGUGUGCUGGCACCGCGCCACGUCGCUUCGCCGCGACCAGCUGCACCUCGCCAUGCGGAGCCAGUUGUCCGGCUACCUUCUACGCAAGUUCAAGAACUCUCACGGCUGGCAGAAGCUGUGGGUGGUGUUCGCCGUGUUCACGCUGUUCUUCUACAAGACGUGUCGCGACCGCGCGCCGCUCGCCUCGCUGCCGCUGCUCGGGUACAGCGUAGGGUCGCCAGCGCCGAGCGACGGCAUCGACAAAGACUUUGUGUUCAAGCUGCAGUUCAAGAAUCACGUUUACUUCUUUCGAGCUGACAGUCACUUCACCUACAAUAGGUGGAUAGAAGUUCUACAAACUCCGAUGCUGUCGCAUGAAAAUUAACUGUAAACUUUUAUAUUCAUUAUAACCAUUUUAAUGAAUCUUAAGAGAAGAUAUUAAUACAAAUUAGUAGCCCUUUAUUUCUGCAUGUAUAAACUGGGUAACUUUCGCAUUCGCAAUGGCACACAUAAAAGCCUUUUCAACAGAACACGAAAUGUAAAGUCGAAUGCUAGAUUUUCCUCUUAGUUUCUUUACAAACAUCUUUGUCUUUGACCCAACUUAUUAAUAAACGUUUGGUGUUGCUUAAAACUUAUUUUCGAUAUACUGUUAAAAAUUGGUGCCAUAUUUGUCAAAGAAAAUCACGGAGGAUUAAUAAUCUUGCCUAUAUUUAUUCUCAGAAAAUAAAAUUAAUAAUACCAAAUGAAUUUAUGUAGGCUCGAGAUGCAUACCAUGACACAUUUCAUGAAGAUAAUGAACAUAAUCGACCAAUAGCUGACUGAAAACCGUCCCAUAUUAACGAAACAGAGAGACAUUUUUUUAUAUACCAAUUUCCGUUUUUCUCCAAUUAGUCGGAAAAGACUGUGUUUGGAGUGAGUACGACUAUAGUCCAGCGGGCGGGGAUCGAACCACCACCACUCGGUGAUGUGUCUGGCCGCUUUAUUACUAACCUAUUGGUGCUUCAAAAUUGUCUUCACGAAAUAUGUCGUGGCUCGCAUUUGGACCUAAAGAUCUUGCUUAUAAAGUAAGAUUAUUUUUUAUAAAAUAUUAAAAAAAAUGUACAAAUAUCUAGGCAAUAAAUUGGCAUAAUAUUAUUAAAAGUUGGUUGUGAGUAACGUUUGCCAAAAUCUUGUUUUUGCGAUAUCCCACUUCUGAAUAUUGAACGCAUCCUGAGAGAGUUAUUAGAACUAAGCAUAUCUGAUUAUAUUAUUUAUUUAGUUGUUCCCUUUGUGUUAUGAAGUUAUGAAAGAACUUGUGGGUGAUGUUUGUGUCAUAAACUAGUAUAGUUCGCGCGGCGAGAGUUUGGCUUUGACCUUCGGAUGGAGGGGAUUACUGCGCAUGGGUACUGUCACGCACACAAUACUUUUCCUUUUUUAUGUACCAGGUUGGAUAUUUGAGUGGGUCAAAAUUCAUGUAUAGUGAUAAUAAUGCUAGAAAAUAAUACGAAGUAGAUAAACUUCUUCAUUUAUUAAAACUAUUGAUAGUUAUUUUACAUAUUUAAAAUGUUUAUACAGAGACAGCAAUGAAAAUUCUAAAUAAUUGUUUUUAAUAAAAUUAUUUAUUCCAAGAUACAUGUAAAAUUGGUACAUAAGAACAAAAGAAAACUUAAAAUAAUUAUUAAAUACAGUGUGUCCCUGGAUAAUCUGCAACACCAAAAGGGGGUGAAACUACACCAAAAUGUAAUUUAAAAAAGUUAACAUUAAAAAAAAGUCUUAGCAGCAGUACUAUUCAGAUUCUGAAUCAGUUAACGGUUUAACGCCUUCUAUGAAAUUACCGCAUGGGUCAUUGGUGCUGCCGACGUUGCACGAAAUUGUGCAACGUCUUUUGCUUGUUGAGGGUCCGGGUUCAGGGCUUCCUCGGUCGCAGUUGUCAUCAUCAUCAUCUUCAUAACCAUCAUCAGAAUCAUCGUCUUCGGAACUAUCAUCGGCGCGAAUUAUAAAUUGCUCGGUAAGUAAAUCAACUACAUAGUCACUCUUGGCGUACUCUUCUUCUAUAUCUUUUACCUUCUUACAUAUUUUUUCCCAUUCCUGGGCACCCAUUAAGGAUACUUUUUCUUUGAUAAGUUUGGUACAUUCUUGUAAAUUCCAUUUAACAUUUUUGCUAGCUACAUAUUGUUUAAUAGUAGCCCAUGCCAUUUCUAUGGGGUUGAGGUCUGGAUGGUAAGGCGGUAAUCUCAAUAUGCUAUGGUUUGCUUCUGCUAAAAUUUGAUCUAUUGAAAAAGUUUUAAAUCUUUCUUUAUUAGCUUUUAUCAUGUUGUACAAUUGUGGCUUGAGCAUUGUUGAAUCAUAUUGUAUGCCUUUAUUAGUUAGCCAAUUUUGCAUAUCGGCUUUUUUGGUAUUGGAGGACGGUGCUAAAUCCCAUUGUUUAUUGUGGUAUGAGGCGUUGUCGACAACCACUACAGAAUUGGGUGGUAGGUUGGGAAUUAAUUGUGUCCUAAGCCAUUUUUCAUAAUUCUCGUAAUUCAUGUUGUCGUGAUAGUCCCCUGUUUUGGUGCCGGCUUUAAAAGUUAAUAAAGCAUUUGGUAUAAACCCAGCUUCAGAUCCUGCGUGGACUAUCACAACUCGUUGUCCUUUAGAAAUGGGUUUUUUUAGUCCUUCCGUAGGGCAAUCGCUCCAGGCUUUGGUUGUUGAGUGCGAUGAAUCUACGUAGGAUUCAUCUGUGUAAACAAUGGGUCUUCCUUCUUGUCGAUAUUUUUUUAUUUUUCUUAAAUAUUCAAUGCGUUGUAAUCGGAUAUUCGAUGUUUCUAUUAGUAAUUUACGGUUGUUUUCUGUUUUUUUCCAGCGAAAUCCUAACUCCUUUACAAUUACACGAAGACUUGUUUCUGACCCUUUAAAGUUUAUAUCUUCCUCAAGUUUCUUUUUUAGUUUCCCAAUGGUGGGAAGUUCAUUAUUCGUCUUGUGAAAAUUGUGUAAACAUCUUUUUAUAACACCUUGGUCAAAAUUAUCAAUAUUGGUAACUGGUUUAGCUCUGGGACGUUUUUUUCCAGGUGUUCUGAAAGUAAUUAGCAAAUCGGAACUCUUGGCUUGAUUUGCGAUAUUUUUUACAGUGCCAAUUGAAGUCUUAGUGGCCUCCGAUGUCCGUUUUUGAAUCUGAGCUAAUUUACUGACUACUCUAUUUAAUUUAGAAACAGUUUCCGUUUUCAUUACCUGCAAAGUCUCUAUAGUUUGGUUAUUUUCCGACUGACUGAGUAAAGAAGCAACUUCCUCAAUCUUACUUCGAAUUUGCUUCAAUGAAUCGAUACAUUCGUCAGCUUCUUUCUUUAAAAAGCAAUUCACGUCAUAUAUCAUUUUCCGUGCUUGCCUUUUUAAAACAAUGUUUUUUUUACGCAUUUUUAAAUCACUUUUUAAUAUUUAACAAAAAAACUUAAACAAACAAACUCAACAAAUAAUAACAAUCGACAACAAUUAACGAAAAUAGCAAUUCAUUUGUGAACGUGAUUGUACAACAGGAGUGCGCGGUACGUCGUUUCGGUGCGAGAGGCAGGUAACGACUGGAGCGCCAAUCAGAGCACCGCGCACCCGCCCCGCACCCCGCUAAUGCCCGUUGAUACCCAAUUUCUGAUUUCUGCGCAAUAACGGUCAAAGCCAAACUCUCGCCGCGCGAACAGUAGUUAUGAUUAAUACAGUAUUUAAAGUAGUUAUAUGAGUUUCGUGUUUAAGCUUUGCACCAAAAUAAUAGUACGAACCAGAUGUAACUGUAAAAUGGAAAAUUAUUUUUGAAAAUAUAAAAAAUAUGUAUAAGUACAUCAAUUGAUAAAAAUCAAUUAUUAAAGUCAUUGAAUUUUUACAUCAUGUUUUAUGUAAAAAUUCAAUGACUUUAAUAAUUGAUUUCGUCGUUCAUUUUUGAUCAAGAAAUUAUAGAUAUUUUUGAUUUCGAUAAAUAAAUCUUGGUAAUAACUGUACAAUUAAGCAAUAUUGACAUUUAAAUGGAUAGAUUAUUAGUUAGGUUUUGGGCAUUUUGUAUGGUGUUGUAAUUGGUAAUAAUUUGGUUGUAAACAAAUCUCUAUGUAACAACUAAAUUGACAGAUUAAAAUGCACCAAACACUGAAACAUUAAAAAAGUACUGUGUUGCUUUUUGUUCAAGAUUUUUGUUUAUAAACUGAAUUUAUACCAGUGUGGUAUUAAAUACACCGUUUGUUUAUUAUAAUUUAAACGGAAUUUAAUUGAUACAAUAACAGUACGUUAGGUAGGACAUUCCAGGAAUUAUAACAAGACAAAACAAUUAGAUACUAUUUAAUAAACAAAAUAAUGAUCUUAUUUUUAUAUAUACGAAAUAAUAAUACGAUGUUUUUUAUCAUUUGUGACAAUUUAUCUCUUGACUGCGAUCUCACUUAUUAAGGAACAAAUCAUACGGCCGGUGUAUAUAUGGCGAGACAUAUACCUAGGUAUUAUUAUUCAAUUACCAUAUCAGUGACAUUACAUUUAUCAUGUAUUUUAUUAUCUGUCUCCGUGCACUUAGCCUAUGUGGUUUUAGUGAGAGAGAGAUAUAAUCUCGUGAAGAGAAAUAGACAAAAUCCAACCAAUGGCGGCGCAACCGAAAAUGCCUUUUAUUGCGUUGGUACAAAAGUGAUAGGACUGGAAUAAAAAUAAUUUGGUACAGCUUGCUUGACAAACCAAAUAAAGUCCCAGCCUUCAUACAAAUCUGGGUCAUGUCCAUUUGUCUAUUUUCUCUUCAGUGAUCGUAUGUUAGCGCCACUGAUCUCUACGUUCUGGCUUCAAGUUCUUGGUAAUGAAAUCGUCGUCAGGUCGUUGAGCUUUUCUACAAUAUAUUCUCGGUAAAAAUUCCUAAAAUACAUAGUAUUCCUCGUAGUGUUUUAAAAAAUAUUUUUAGGGAAUGUUGGGAAAUUAGUGGUGUUACACGCCUAUGCCUCGGCGAGCACGUUAAGCCUUUAUUUCCGCGGCUUAUCAAUAACAUCGCCAUUGGUGAUUCUUACAACCGUCACGUCUUGGGUAUUAGUAGCUAGCAAGGUUCAUAAUGGUUUAAACGCGCCACAGCGAAUCGGCAGAUAUACACCGGCCCUAACUAACAAACCUAGUACUAACCUAGAACGGGGAUCGGAGCAAUAGAGGAUCCUUAUUAUAGUAAUCGUCCGUCACCUGUCUGUCCAUCGGUUGAAAAUGUAUGGAUAUAUAAUCUUCAUUUCACAGUUAUGUAAUUGUUGUUAGUGUUAAAUUUUAAAAUGCAAAUUAUGAAAAAAAUUUCUAUAUGCGGUUGUCAAGGAGACGCGUGACGUUUGUUUUUUAAUGGGUUUCGCCGGCUUCAGUACGUUGUUUGUAAAGACUCACUCUGGUUACUUUGUGGUCACAGACAAUAAUUCUGUGUUAAAUAUGUUUCCAUGAACAAUUCUCACAUUUCUAUGUUAUACACCGCACUGCGCGGUUGAGGCCUUACUUAGCUUUAAAGUGAUCCAUUCUUACUGUACCUACACAAAGUAUAAACUAAAUAUUGUUUAGUUAUAUCAGACCUUUCACGUCAAAUUUAGGAAAAAUAUUAGUUAUUUUCUUGCUGUAUGUUUAAGAGCAAGAAGAAUAAAAUGCGCUGUCUUUAUAGACAACAAACUCAUAGCUAUAAUCUUCGCGGAUCAAAUUCUAGACAAAACCAUACUUAUAAACAUGGAAAAGAUUAAGGUUAUUAAUUCAUAUCAAAAUUUAAAUCUUAUUUAAACCUCGAUUUUUUUCUUCAAACUACCAGUUUAGUUUGAACCUUUAUUUAGAACACUGUUGAUUAAAGUUCAUAUUACUUUGAAGAAAAUUUAGGUUUGAAUUUCAAGCCUUGAUUAUAUGACUGCAUGGGAUUAAUCUACAAGGCUAAGAUGGCGCGAAAGUUAUAAUUUUUUUUCUAAUUUUCGUGAUUAUUAAAUGUGUGAAGUUUAAUAGUGUUUAUAAACUAGUAUUAUAGAUUAUUAUUUAUGAUAGAAUUAUAUUUAAUAGACUUGAAUAUCAUCCUGUUUUAUACGUUAAUUUAUAAAAGUACAUGAAUUUUCUAUUAAUUUAUACACCCAGACCAAAUUGCUCCCAUUUGGUCUUACACUAUCUCAGUACAUUAUGCGUUAUAACUAUAAAUGUUAGUAAUUAUAAUAGUUUAAAUUAUAAUUGUAUUUUUAAUUUUUCAAGAAAUUAUACAUAACCUGUAUAAUAUAUUUUUUAUGAAUUGAUAAGGAUAGCGGAUUUAUUAUAUAUUUCUUUGUAUGGCUAAGCCUCAGGUAAUAUAUAUAAUUGUUAAAAUAUGCGUUCUUGCGACCUAACCGUAAAAGUCUGCACUACGUUGUUCGACAUUCAACGCUGCUGGAUCAAAAGUUUAACAUAAAUCGAUACUAAAUUAUUAACCGACUUAAAAAAGGAGGAGGUUUCUCAAUUCGCGAAUAAUUUCGUCGUUUAUGAACCAAUACUGAUGAUUCUUUUUACUGUUGGAAACGAGAUAUUUAGAGGGUAAUUACCUACCAUGAUAAUUGGAAUAUUUAAACGACCUUUUUGUAGGAUAAACAUUAAUUCCAUCAAAAUAUUUAGCCUCGUGUUUAAUUCAAAUUAUACAUUUCAGUCAUCUAGCAUUAACCUUUGGUAAUCUUGGGACUAAUCAUGUAUUGGUAUAUUGCUUCGUGUUGGCCACGAAAUAUCCCGGGACGCUAGAAAGACAACCAAUAGCGGCGCAACCGCAAAAUAUCUCUCACUCUUUGCGUUAGGACUAUUAUUUAUAGAAUGGUGUAAAUUAUUAAAGUAUCGUAUAUUUACCAGUUAAUACAUACCUUGUCAGUUUUAUUUAUCUUUCCACGCUUUGAAUGUUGAACCAACAAAAUUUUAAACCAACGUUUAUAGUUACCUUCUUGCAAUCUACCAACCAAAUAACAAAGAGAACAUUGUGAUCGGUAGAAAUUAUGGAAGCUAAAACGCAAUCUUGAAUAUGUACUAGUAUCAGUAGGCUAAUUCACUAACUUUGAUGUAUAUUAGUUGACAUUCGAAUUUCAGAUUCUGUGGAAAAAAUGUCAUCUGGUGCCUACUGACAUCCCUAUGUGGAUAUAUACAGUAGGUAGACGACAUUUCUCAGUUGAUUUGAUGUUUAUUUUAAUAGGUUAAUAAUGACCAAAUUAGUGAAUAAGCCAGCAGGGCUUUACGCUUAGUUUUCUACUCGUAUAUACCAAAAAAAAACAACAUAAAUAAAGAUUGCUUUAUAUCAAGAUUACUAUAACUUGUUACACUACCUUUAAAACACUCGUUCAUAGACACUACACAGACUCUGAAUGGUUUGGUGUGCCAAGUUAAAAUAAUCCAGAUAUAAAUGUGUUUUAAAAUGAUAUUUAAUAAUGUUUUAUAACUGCCUUAUUCCAAAAGAUUACGCGACUGAGUACAAAAAUACUAAAGGUAAAUGGCAACACUGGUAUGUCAUGAGGUAUUUAUUGAAUGUAUUGUCAUCACAAAAGGUCAACACAAUAUUUUUGUAUAAAUAAAUGCAGUGGAAAGUGAUAA